GUGGGGGUACGGGGGCAGCGGCGGUCAGCAGUGGAGCCGUGCCUGGGCUGUCGGGGCUCCGUGGGGCCGUAGGCGGCCCCGGGGCCGCUAUGAGAGGUGACCGCCGGGCCGUGGUGAAGGAGCGAAGCCCGGGCAGUGAAGUUACCGUGCACAGCAAGGACAGCCCGCAGAGCCCGGGGAGAGCGCGGCUCCCCCGGAACGAACCCGCCCGCUGGAACGGAAUGGGGCAGAACAGGGGGCUCUGAGUCGCGAAGGGGCUGUGUGUCGGUCUGUGUGCAGGGAAGGAGCUGUGUGCCUGUCAGUGUGUCUCUGUCUGUCUGUGUCUGUCUGUCUGUGUGGGUUGUGGGCACCCGUCCCUCACGUGACGCCCCACGUGACGCGCAGGCCCCGCCCUCCCGCACGUGACGCGGCGCAGACAUGGCGGCGGCGGCAGCAGCGCUCCGGGGCCGGCGCUUCAAGUGGUCUCUGGACCUGGGGGCGGCGCCGGGGGCUCGGCCCCGCGGCGCCGCCGAGGGCCGCGGCCCUCUCGGCUUCGCUGACCGGCAGCUGGGGGAGGGCGGCGUCCACGAGAGCGACAAGAUCCUCAUGGAGAAGCGCUGUUGGGACGUGGCUCUGGCGCCGCUGAAGCAGAUCCCCAUGAACCUGUUCAUCAUGUACAUGGCCGGCAACACCAUCUCCAUCUUCCCGGCCAUGAUGGUCUGCAUGAUGGGCUGGCGCCCGCUGCAGGCCCUCAUGUCCCUGUCUGCCACCCUGAAGGCCCUGGAGAGCUCAAGCCGGCGGGCACUGCAGGGUCUCGUGUUCCUGGUGGGCAACGGGCUGGGGCUGGCACUGGCCCUCUACAAGUGCCAGGCCAUGGGGCUGCUGCCCACCCGCCCUUCCGACUGGCUGGCCUUUGUCACCCCCCCGCAGCGAAUGGAAUUCACUGGGGGAGGCCUGAUCUUGUGACCCCCCCCCCUGUGCCCACCCACCAAUAAAGGCAAUGGCAGGA